AAAGAAAUGUAGCCAGGAAUUCCAGAGCUGUGAGCUGGAAGCAACGCAGGAGAGCACAACUGUGCCCAAACUCUUUUUCACUAUUAGUAGGAGAACAGCCUUCUGGAAUAAGAAUUUCUUACAAAUCAACCACGGAGGGAGCCAAAGAUGGCUGGGAUUGUGGCCUGCGUCCUCCUUUCCCUUGUCACCAUGGUACAUUCCCAAGUACAGACAGCAUUUCUGGAAUACAUGCAAUCAAGAAUGGGAUCUGUAGAGGAAAGAAUUGCACAAUGGCAUGAUCAUAGCAGCCGCUACAGUUCAGAACUUCGAGAUUUCAAGAACCAGGUACUGAAAAUGCUGGAAAACAUAGAAAAAGAGAGAGAGGCCAUGAGAAAUGAGGUGGAGAGCACAAAUGUACGUGUUGACCGGCUAGAGAGAGAGGUGGACUACCUGGAAACUCAGAACCCGGCACCGCCAUGUGUUGAGAUAGAUGAAAAACUGACAGAACUACAAAUCAAGAAGAAGAAAAAUGAAAAAUAUGAGAAACUCACAGGUUGCCCCAAGGCUGAGAUCGCUGACAAUGUGGAGCCAGAUGUGGAAGAGAGUCCUCCUGUCAACCGGAAGUCAUACUGCAGUGACACCGUUUCUCAAGUUAAUGCCAUGAAAAUACUGAAACGCUUUGGGAGCUCUGCUGGCCUUUGGACGAAGGACCCCAUAGGGAAUUCAGAGAGAAUUUAUGUCUUUGAUGGUGCUGCAAAUGACACUUUUUUUGUGUUUCCCCGCAUGAAAGAAUUCACUCUUUCCACUUCAACACGCAAAGCAGCUCGGAUCAAACUCCCUUUCCCAUGGAUUGGAACUGGGCAUAUUGUUUAUGGAGGCUACCUUUAUUAUGUUCGACAAACAGAGGAAUUUCAAGUUAUCAAAUUCAACUUGGCAAACAAAACAGUGGAUGAUAGUGCUGUAUUACCAAUCGAAGAUCAAGUACCAGUUUAUGGUUUAUCCAAGCAUAACUACAUAGAUAUAGUAGCUGACGAAGAAGGUCUAUGGGUCAUCUAUGCUACCAGGGAAAAUGAGAAAAAUAUAUGCUUAGCUAAACUGGACUCCAAAAACCUUGGCAUUGAGCAGAUGUGGGAUACUCCAUGUCCGAUAGAAAAUGCAGAAAGUGCUUUUGUGGUCUGUGGUACUCUCUAUGUAGUGUAUAACACCAAACUCCCAAGUCGCUCUCGUAUACAGUGUAUCUUUGAUGUCAGUGGCACCAUAUCCAGUGAAAAUGUACCAGUUGUUUACUUUCCUAAAAGGUAUGGGUCCCAUUCCAGUAUGAAGUAUAAUCCUAAGGAUCGGCAGAUCUAUGCUUGGGAUGAUGGUUACCAGAUCAUAUACAAACUGAGCAUGAAACCCAAAGAUGAAUUGCAUUAGAAAGAUCAGAAUAUAUUGUUCUUUAUUGUAGCCGUUGUCAUUUAACGAUGCUAACAUGUAUUGGGUAGAACACAUAAUGCUCUAUAAACAAAUAAAACUAAUUUGGGUAGAACUGCAGUUUUAUUUAAAACACCAGUGCUGCUUCAUUUGUGCUACCCCGUACUUUGUUUUCUGACAUCAAAAUCACUGAACUAUCAAAGUCUCAAAAUCAAAACUCAAACUGUAUGACAUUCAUGCUACAAAUUAGGA